AUGGGUCGGUCGCUUGGAUUGUCGAGCACGAAGGAUCUUGGCGAUUUGUGUGCUCCUGCGGAUUUGCGCCGGUUGGUCGAUUUGAGGCGGGCAAGAGGUCGCUCACGUCGAAGUCACGUCGUCGGAGCUGUGAAGUUUUCCCCUUGGGACGCUCUGAGCGCUGAGCCAGCUCUCGCGCCACCUUUCUUCCACCUUCUCGACUUCGAGGCCGGUAAGGCUGCCGAUGCGGGCGAUGAGCAGAAGGAGCGCGAGGUCCUCGAGGCCAAGAUCAAGCUGCUCGAGGAUACCAACAUGAGCGACUACGUCGCUAGCAUGUACUCGCAGCUUCACGGCACCGAUGCUCCCGAGAAGUACGCGAAGCAGAGGCAGGUUGUGUUGCAGCAGAUGGAGAAGCUCGAGCAGGAUACUGCCAGGCUUUCGGAGCUGCUCAUCACCGACGAGGUCGUCAACAACCUGAGGAGCGAUAAAGUUGCCAACUUGGCCUUCCUCGAGAAGGAGCACGGUGUCACUGUCGACAUGGUCAACGCGCUUUACGACUUUGGUCAGUUCCAGUUCCGAUGCGGCGCCUACCAGUCCGCGGCCGAUCUCCUCUAUAAGUUCCGAGUCCUCUCCACCGAUAAUGAUAAGGUCACCAACGCGACGUGGGGUAAGCUCGCCUCUGAUAUCCUCACUGCCAACUGGGACUCUGCCGUGGAGGAGAUUGUCAAGGUCAAGGAGAGCAUCGACACCAAGCUCUUCAACAACCCCCGUGCACAGCUUGACCAGAGGACCAUGCUCAUCCACUGGGCUCUCUUCCCUCUCUUCAACCACGAGGCUGCCAGGGAUCCCGUCCUCGAGCUCUUCCUCUCCGCCAACUACAUCAACACCAUUCAGAUCAACUGCCCCUGGAUCCUCCGCUACCUUUCCGUCGCCAUCGUCACUGGUCGUGGCCGCAGCCGCAACUCUUCCGUCCACCAGAAGCAGAUCAAGGACCUCGUCCGCUACAUCCGCCAGGAGGAGUACGAGUACAAGGAUCCCAUUACCGAGUUCGCCGAGCAGCUCUGCCGAAACGAUCUCUUCCUUGCCGAGUCCACCGACAUCUUUGUCGAUGCGGCCCGUCACCUCAUCUGCGAGAGCUACUGCAAGAUCUGCUGCAAGUUCUACAUCCGUGACCUCUCGGAGAAGCUCGGCCUCAACCCCGACGAUGGCGAGAAGUGGAUCGUCAACCUCAUUCGCGAUACCCGUCUAGAUGCCAAGAUCGACGCCCAGCAGGGCAUCGUCACGAUAAACCACCCUCCUAGCAACGUCCACCAGCAGGUUGUCGAGAAGACCAAGGGUGUCUUCUUCAGGACUACCGUCAUGUCUUCUGCUGUCUCCAAGUAA